UUGCACUCCAGCUUCUGUUCCUCCCCCUAUCAUUUCCUGUCCAGGCUUUAAUAUCAAUAGCACGCAACGCUGUGUGCAUUUUCUUUCAUUCUUACACACCUCCCUCGCCUCUUAACUGCAACACAAUGGAUUGGAUUGUAAUCAUUCCUUUGUAUCUAUGUGCAGCAUUCUUUGCCUUGGCGAGGAGUCAGAAGCCAACUGUGACCAUGUGUCCUGAGUUCAACCAGGUGUUUUCUGGGGAUACAUUAGUGCUGACCUGCUCAGGGUCAGGCCAGCUGAAAUGGUUCUUCAAUACCAACCUCAUUAAAGACCAAAUGCGUGAAACCUGGACCAUUAAUGUCAUCUCCAAAAAUGAUUCUGGCUCAUAUCAAUGUGAGAGGAAUGGCGAAAAAAGUGCUCCUAAAGAUGUCACAGUUUUGGAUUAUCUACCUGUUGCCUCUCUCUCCAUAAAGUCUGGUAGGGCAGUGAUUAAUAGGGGGGACCCUGUGGUUUUGGAGCUCCACGUCGACACAGGGCUGCUGGACUGGCGCUGUCGAGUAUUCAAGGGGGGGAAGGUGAAGAAGAUUCGUUUUGAUAAAACUCUGAUGACUUCUGAUAAAAAGGAUGUGCAGUUUCAUGCAAAAACCCUGGAGGCCAAUGAAUCCCCAGCCAUCUUCUGGUGUCAACAUAAGACAGAAAUGAAAAGGAGCAACCCUAUUACUAUCAAGACCACAGGUCAGAUGGUAAUGUUGGAGACCCCUCCUGAGCCUGCAAUUCUGGGGAAACCGCUGACUAUACAGUGCCGUGUAUGGGGAGAACCCGACAUAAGUAGGGCUGUUUUCCUUAAAAAUGGCGUGGAAAAACAAAAUAAAAAGAACUCUUCUCUCACCAUCGACAGUGUAACAAUUGAAGAUCAGGGAAAUUAUUCAUGCACAGCAACCUAUAAAUUCAAGGAAAAUACCAGCAAAAUCCCAAAUACUGUCACCUCUGACUUUCAGGAACUCCUUGUCAAAGCACAACCUCCAGAGGCAGUCUACAUAAGAAGUGGAACCAAUUUGAAGUGUUCCUGUCCAAAAUGCUCUAAGCCACACGGCUACCGGUGGUACAAACAGAAGCAAGGGCAAAUGGAAAUUGAAGACCUGGAAGACAUCAAUUUCUCUUCCAGUGAAGGGAGGUCUUACUGGUGUAAAGCAGUAUGGAAUGAUAGAGUCUCAGCACCAAGUGCGCGAUUUAGUCCGAAUCAGGAUUCCUCAGAUCCGGAGUCGAAGCCUGCCCCUGUGAUACUGAUCGUGAUAUUAUUUGUCUGCGUCAUUCUUAUGGUUUCAUGUUGUGUAAUUGCAGUAUUUUAUAUGAAGAAAAGACGGUCAAGUGCUGCCUUCCGGGAGGACGGAGGGUAUGAGGAAGUCGGACAGAGGAAAGCAACAGACAACAUCAUGAUGCAAGAGAAAAAGAAAGAGGGUGAAUAUGAGGCCCUGAAACAAUCUGAGAAAGAGGGGGAGUACCACACUUUAGGGGCCGAGGGGGGGAAAGGAACAGAAGCUGGUUAUGAGGCUCUGAAGAGAUCCAAAAUGGACGAGAAAGAGGGGGAGUACCAGACUUUAGGGGCCGAGGGGGGGAAUGGAGCAGAGGGUGGUUAUGAGGCUCUGAAGAGAGCCAAAAUGGACGAGAAAGAGGGGGAGUACCAGACUUUAGGGGCUGAGGGGGGUAAAGGAGCAGAGGGUGGUUAUGAGACUCUGAAGAGAGCCAAAAUGGAUGAGAAAGAGGGGGAGUACCAGACUUUAGGGGCCGAGGGGGGGAAAGGUGGAGAAGAGAUCUUAAAGAAAAAUAAUGAUUAA